AUGUCUGAAUACGAGCGAUUUGACUCGGUGUUCCUCUCCCUUGCCCAACAGCUCAGCGGCGGUGUCCCACAACUGUUCGAUGUGCUCUUCGAGUUCCUUGCCAGAAAGACCGAUUUCUACAGUGGCGCCGGUGUCGAUCAGGCUCGCACACUUCUCCUCGAGAAAUUCGAGAAACACGGUGGAAAAGCGAUGCGCGAGGCGGAGGAAGCCAAGAAACGGAAAGAGGAGCAAGAGAGGAAGCUAGCGGAGAAGCGUGCGGCUCAGAAAGCCAAGGAAGAGGAAGAGUUCCGUAAUGCGGCGAAAGUUGUGGAGAUUACUGAUGAAGAAGCGGCGGAAUUCGAGAAGGAACAAGCGAAAAAGACCGCCGUCGAAUCUACCUCUGAAAAGAAAGUGAAAGAAGACGGAGAGGAGGAAGACAGUAACCUUAUCAAACCGAACAGUGGAAAUGGAGCCGAUCUCGCCAUGUACCAAUGGACUCAGACACUUCAGGAGUUGGAGGUUCGCAUCCCAAUAAACGCCGGUUUCGCUAUCAAAUCCCGCGAUGUCGUCGUCAAAAUCGAGAAGACCAGCGUCACCGUCGGUCUCAAGAACCAACCGCCCGUUGUCGAUGGCAAACUCCCGAACCCCAUUAAAGUGGAGAACUGCAAUUGGGUUAUCGAGAACGGAAAGGCGAUUGUGCUCACACUGGAGAAGAUCAACGAUAUGGAGUGGUGGAAUCGAUUCCUCGACUCGGAUCCGCCAAUCAACACGAAAGAAGUGAAGCCGGAGAACUCGAAGUUGAGCGAUUUGGAUGGAGAGACGCGUGCGAUGGUCGAGAAAAUGAUGUAUGAUCAGAGGCAGAAGGAGAUGGGACUGCCGACGUCGGAUGAGAAGAAGAAGAAUGAUAUGUUGGCGCAGUUCAUGAAGCAACACCCUGAAAUGGACUUUUCCAACGCUAAAAUCGGAUAA